AUGAUGCACGAAGGGGACCAAAGCGGCGGCGGCGCUGCCUCGUUUGCGCCGCAGCAGCUAUUCCAGCAGGCAUCGAUGCUGCAUAUGCGUGCGCAGCAUCUCAUUGAUAGCACGGCGCCCUUUACGCUGCAGCGCUGGGGCGCGACGGGCGCGUUGCUUUUCCUGUUCAUGCUGCGCAUUGUCCUUGCCGAGGGGUGGUAUAUCGUGUGUUAUGCACUGUUCAUCUACUUGUUGAACUUGUUCCUGGCGUUCCUUACGCCCAAGUUUGACCCUGCGUUUGAGUCGGAUCUCGCUGCGCAAGAUGUCGAGGAAGGUGAGCCGGGUCUCCCUACCUCGUCGCGCACCAGCUCUUCGGGCCUGAUGAGCAGCGUGUUCCAUCCCUCUCAACAAAGUGACCAGGACGAGUUCCGUCCGUUUAUCCGGCGCCUGCCCGAGUUCAAGUUCUGGCUGAACGCGACGCAAGCCAUCGUCAUCUCCAUUUUCGCGACGCUCUUUGAGGCCUUUGACAUUCCCGUGUUCUGGCCUGUGCUUGUAAUCUACUUCAUGGUGCUGUUUGUACUCACCAUGCGCCGCCAGAUCCAGCACAUGAUCCAGUACAAGUACCUGCCCUUUGACAUUGGGCGCAAAGCGCGUUACGGCUCGUCGUAG